AUGAACUGUUUACAGAAAUCCAGAGGCUGGGACCUUCUCAGCAAACGCUCAGCUAUUCGCAAUCUUGCAACGGUUUCGCUCGCAGCCCCUGCAGCCAGGAACCACAAAAUUGUCGUUGUUGGAAACGGCUCGGCUGGUGUUGCAGUCAGUCAUCAACUAUUGCGAAAAGGCAAGUUUACCAAAGACGAUAUUGCUGUCAUUGAUCCAGCGAAAUGGCAUCAUUAUCAGCCUGGUUGGACGCUUGUUGGCGGAGGGUUGAAAGACAAGAAAGCUCUAAGGACACCAAUGGAUGACUUGGUGGACGGGAAACUGAAAUUCUACAACAAGAGCGUUGCAUCAUUCAGCCCAAACAAUAAUCUCUUGACACUUGACAGUGGUGAUACGAUCCACUACGGCCAUCUUGUGGUUGCACCAGGCAUCAAGAUUGACUAUGACAGUAUCAACGGCUUGUCCGAAGCACUGAGCAACCCACACAGUCCUGUCGCAUCUAUCUACAGCUACGACUACUGCGACAAAGUCUUCCGAAACAUUCAAAGAUUAAAAUCAGGCUCCGCAGUCUUCACCCAACCAGCUGGCGUGAUCAAAUGCGCCGGCGCACCACAAAAGAUCAUGUGGCUUGCACUAGACCACUGGGGACGAUCCGGGUUGUACCAAAACGACCCGAAAAAGUCUUCAAUCAACGUCACGUUUGCGACCGGUCUCCCUAGCAUGUUCGGCGUCCCAAAAUACAGCUCUACGCUCGAUGCUUUGCGCAAAGAACGCGCCGUUGAAGGUCUAUUCGAACACGACCUCAUCUCCAUCUCCGGUAACACCGCAACAUUCGCUCGUGCAAACAGCCAAGCCAAAGUCCACCGACGUUUCGACUUCCUUCACGUCGCCCCGAAAAAUGCUCCCCACGAUUUCAUCAAAGUAAGCCCGUUGAGCAAUGAAACCGGAUACGUAGAUGUAGACCCGCAUUCCCUACGCCACAGAAAAUACCCAAACAUCUGGUCCCUCGGCGACGCCGCAAACCUGCCCACUUCCAAGACCGUUGCAGCGAUAACAUCGCAAGCCGUAGUCGUCACACAAAACGUCUUACGCAGUCUCGAGGGUAAAGACGCAAGCGAGGAAUACGACGGGUACACAUCGUGUCCGCUGCUAACGGGCGACAAGAAAGUCUUCCUGGCGGAAUUCAAGUACGGGGGCGUGCCUAAGGAGACGUUUAAGAGUUGGGUUGGAAUCGAUCAAGCCGUGCCGCGGCGUGCGUUUUAUCAUCUCAAAAAGGAUUUCUUUCCGUGGGUGUACGAUCGAUUUCAUGUGAAGGGACGGUGGGGUGGGCCAAAGGGGUGGAUAUGGUAG